AUUGCGACCAGAGGCAGUUGCAAAUAAUUACGUAUUUGAUAAAUUGCAAGGCAGAUUGCAAAGGCGCGCGUUGGAAGUUCUCGCAGUGUGUGCGUUUGUGGCACAAGUGCGUGGUGCGUGCGUCGGUGUUAGUGAGCGUGUGCGUCUGUGUGUAUAUAUUUGUAUUUGUAUUGCUAUUAACUAAUAAACAAUAACCUUCGGGGCCACGAAAACUGCCCCUCCGCUUGUUCCAACAAACCGAAACUAAAAUAAAAUCGUGCAGCACCGUCUGCCAGUUAGGGCUCUUUCCGUAUUCCGUACACCCAAAGAACCCGAAACCGUAGCAGCAGCAGCAGCAACAGCAACAAAUUAUCCAAGCAAAAGCCACAAAGGCAGAGCCAAAUUAUUGUGUGACGAAGCAUUAAGUUAAGCGACACCACGGCAGCGGCCACCAACAGCACACAAAUGGCGGACGUGAGCGAUCCCAGUGAGCUGUUCGACCUGGAGCUCCACGAGGACGACAAGGCGCACGACUCCGACGACGACAGGAUCGAGCUGGACGAUGUUGAUCUAGAACCGGAAUUGUGUAUUAAUCUUCACCAAGACACCGAGGGUCAGGAGACCAUACAGCUAUCCGAGGAGAAUGUCAAUCCGGGCAAAAUCAAACUGGGACCCAAGGACUUUGAGCUCAAGAAAGUCCUUGGCAAAGGUGGCUACGGCAAAGUAUUUCAGGUGCGCAAGACCGCUGGACGAGAUGCCAACAAAUACUUUGCCAUGAAGGUGCUCAAGAAGGCAUCGAUAGUGACGAACCAGAAGGACACAGCGCACACACGCGCCGAGCGCAACAUUCUGGAGGCCGUCAAGCACCCCUUCAUAGUGGAGCUGGUCUAUGCCUUUCAAACAGAUGGAAAACUUUAUCUUAUACUUGAAUAUCUGAGCGGCGGCGAGCUGUUCAUGCAUUUGGAGCGCGAGGGCAUCUUUCUGGAGGAUACCACAUGCUUCUAUCUGAGCGAAAUCAUAUUGGCACUGGGCCAUCUACACAAACUGGGAAUCAUCUAUCGCGAUCUGAAGCCCGAGAACAUAUUGCUGGACGCACAGGGCCAUGUGAAGCUGACAGAUUUCGGCCUGUGCAAGGAGCACAUACAAGAGGGUAUUGUCACCCACACCUUCUGCGGCACAAUUGAGUACAUGGCACCUGAAAUCCUAACCAGAAGUGGCCAUGGCAAAGCCGUCGAUUGGUGGUCCCUGGGCGCCCUCAUGUUCGACAUGCUCACAGGAGUGCCGCCCUUUACCGCCGAGAACCGCAAGAAGACCAUCGAGACCAUUCUGAAAGCCAAGCUCAAUCUGCCAGCCUACCUCACACCCGAAGCCAGAGAUCUGGUGCGUCGCCUCAUGAAGCGCCAGGAGCCACAGCGCCUUGGAAGCGGGCCCGAAGAUGCGGCGGCAGUCCAAAUACAUCCAUUCUUCAAGCACGUCAACUGGGACGAUGUCCUGGCCAGGCGUCUAGAACCGCCCAUAAAACCACUCCUGCGAAGCGAGGAUGAUGUCUCACAGUUUGACACGAGAUUCACAAGACAAAUUCCAGUGGAUUCACCGGAUGAUACAACGCUGAGCGAAAGUGCCAAUUUAAUUUUCCAAGUAAGUAGAUUGAGAUUUGAGAUCAGAGGAUCGUGUAGCUUCCAGUGGUAGAUAGGGA